AUGAAUGAUAAAAGUGUUGACAAAAACUUUAUGACAAAAAACACUGCAAUUAAUAAAACUAGUAUUGAAUUCAAUAAACAAUCAGCCAAUGAGUAUUAUCACACUAGUAGUACUAGUGAUUAUAGUAAUUGCAAUACUAAUAAUGAUAAUAAAUGUUUUGUUAGUGAUUCUCCAUUACAUGUAUUAAUUCCCUAUACUUUUUACGGACCAAAAGAAAAACAAAUUAUUGAAGAAAAUAAUUUAACAGUAAUUACAACAAAGUUUAGUAAAUAUGAAACGGAAAUAUUGAGAAAAAAUUGGCAACAAUUUUGUGAUGACUACGAAUGCGAUGAAAAUAUGAAAACACGUUUAUUAGGAUUUUUUUCGUUCAGCGAUAACUAUAGUAAACAGGAGAGGAAAUCGUUUCGUUAUUUUAUGAGAAACUCACAGUUUUUGUUUAGAUUGGCUAACGGUUUGCCUAACCGUACACUUGUUAACAUCUAUAUCACCGCAAGGGUUAAGUUUAAUACAUUGAAACGUAUGUGUGAACUAUCGGCUGAUGAAAAAGAUAAUAUACUUGAAUUGCGUCGACUAUACGGUAGAAAAUGGGCUAAAAUUUCCGAAAAAUAUCAAUGCUAUCCGUCAUCAGUGACAACAUAUUAUGAUACCUAUUACGAUAAAAAUGGUGAACCAUAUGAUACGGGAAAGUGGACACCGGAUGAAAAUAGGCGACUAUUGGCUGCAAUGAAACAAUGGCUGAAUACCGAUGAUCUCAGUCAACAUAUAUUUACGAAACGUAUUCCCUAUAAACAGAUCAAACAAUUGGCCGAAAUUAAUAGGAGUGAGUUUACAGUCGCCCAACAUUGGUAUUACCGAUUGCGUUGGUCUGUAGCACAAUGGGAUCAAUUGGAGGACCAGUGGACACACAAAGAUACCGCUCAACUCAUAUACUGUUUGUUUAGAUAUGACUUCACAGACGAGUCGGCUAUCGAUUGGGACGUAAUUAAGGAAAAGUUUGCAAACAUUUCGUCGUUUAACGCAUUGAUGAGAAACUGGCGUUUAAUUAAGCAAACGGUUCCCACAUUUGAGUCGAAAUCAUAUAAACAAAUCAUUGAUUUUCUUUACGACAAUCUUUUGCCACAAUAUCUCAAUCCAGACGACGACGGCUUAAAAGAGUUUGAAAUGUUUUUCAAUAAUUGA